CUUUCAGCGUAUCCAUUCUAUAUCUUAUUAACUUCCGGACGAUCGGCCCUUACUUGUGGGAAAGUCGUCGCGAGAGUAGACAACAUUACAAAAUUAGAAAAGUUUAAUAGUUUGAUGAUGUUAAGGCUGUGAACAAGCUAGUGGUUAGAUUUCAAGAUGGCGCUGAGGGGUGCAAAAGCACUGCAGGCGUGGUGUCAACAGGUGACGGAGGGUUACGAAGAUGUCAAAAUUGAAAACAUGACGAAAUCGUGGCGAGACGGCCUUGCUUUCUGUGCCAUCAUUCAUAAUUACCGACCAGAACUUAUUGAUUUUGAUGCUUUAUCGAAGGAAAAUAUUCGAGAAAACAAUGCUCUGGCAUUUGAGGUCGCAGAGCGUGAGCUCGGCAUCCCUGCCUUGCUCGACCCUGAGGACAUGGCAUCUAUGCUAAUACCUGACCGGCUUAGUAUCCUUACAUAUGUCUCACAAUAUUAUAAUUAUUUCCACGGGAAAUCACCAGCAAAGAAACGUCCAAAAGGUGGGGGAAUUGCCAACAUUGGCAAAAAAAGAGAAAAAUCAGUGGCAAAGGACCCGAGUGAGCCCCCACGGAAGAUCUCCACAAUGGGUGACAAAUGUAUAUCAUGUGGUAAAAAGGUUUAUUUAAUGGAGCGGUUGGUGAUCGAAAGCAAACUCUUUCACAGAGCGUGCUUCAAAUGUAAAACAUGUAAGGCAACUCUUCGUUCAGGAACAUACAAGAAAACUACAAAUUCUGCUGAGUUUGAAUGUUUGCAUCAUGGCAACGAUAUCUGGAAAAUACGAGCAAACUUUUCCGAGAGAGCCUCUGUGAAAACCACACCUAAACCUGUAGCUGUCAGUGGUGGUGAAGACAUCUGGCAAAGUCAGUCAGCUAAACCAGUUAAGAUGGAGAUAGUGGAAGCUCCAGUUGAAGAAUUCAAGGAGCCUGCAAAAGAGGAUGAUCCCUGGGCAUCAAGGAUCGAUCUGAUCCCUAACCAGAAGGAGUCGCCGAAGAUUCCACGUCGCCAGCAGAAACCAGAUCCUGCUGGAAAGCCAGAUUUGGUGCAGAAACCAGUUGGAGGAGUAAAGCUACCAACAGUUUCACUGCAUCCUCAUCUCCUUGCAGCACAGACAUCGCGUGAAAGGUUUCAAGGGACGGAUGAUACCAGGAAGGGUCUGAUGAAAUCACUGGCAGCUGUCAGAAGUGAUUAUGAUUCCUCAAGCUUUGGUAGUAAAGACAGUUUAAGUUCUACCUCAAGUCGUGAGAACAUGACCUCCAGCUCUGAAAUACUAACUCCACCACCUCGCCAAAAAUCAACCCCCAAGGCAGUGAAAGAUUCCCCAUUUAUAACUAAUCAAGGUUCCCCCAGCAAUUUAGAAGCUCCACCGCGAAAAAAGGGAGGGUUGAAAUCACCACUUGCAAUGAAAAAGACUGAAAAACCAGCAGAAACAGAUGAUAAUGUUAAACAAAACAGCUCAAAAACUAUAGAAACAAGUGUUGUGAGUGUUGUCGAGAAAGAAGUGACGCCAGCAGAUGGGAUACAAAGAGGUGAAGACAAGAGCAAGAAAGUACAUGAAACUGAAGAAAACAAAAAGAAAGAAUAUGAAAAAGAUAAUGAAAAGGACAAAGAUGAUAUGGAAGGAGUUGAAGUUGAUGAAAAGGGCAAGUUAGACCUUGAAGAGAAGGGCAAAGUGGAUGAAAAGAACUCGGAGAAAGAUGUUAAAAAUGAGCCAACAAACCAAACAAGUAGUGAAGGAGAAGACUCCACAAAGAACGUAACAAAAAUUGAAGUGGGUGAGUCAAAAACAGAGAUUGAAAUCACUGUUGCUGAAAAUGAUAAUUACGAUGAAGACAAAAAUCCAUUUGCUGAAUCGGGGGAUUCAGACUAUUCAGGAGAUAACCCUUUUGGAGAGGUUGACUCGGAUGAGGAUUAUGAUGAGUCUAUGAACCCAUUUAAAGACGAGGAAGAACAUAAGGAAUAUGAUGAGGGAGUAAAUCCAUUUACUGGCUCGCCACCAAAAAACUUCCCGCCGCGAACACCACCCUCUAAAACCCAGGAAAACUCUGGGGUUUCGUACUCCGUGAAGAGUAGGACUGACAUUCUUAAAGAAAUGCAACGUGAUCGAUCCACAUUGAAACAGAAGAAACGACGUGCACCGCCACGCCCCAAGGCGCCUCCUGGUCAGUCACCAGGUGCGGCAGGAGGAUUAACUCCACCUCCGAGGCAAGCAAAGAAGAAAGACCGUAAAGCACCACCUCCGCCAAAAGCGGGUGACGAUGGCCAACUGGAGUUUCAGAAGUUGCAGCAGAAGAUGUUGCAAGGAAAGGAUAAUGGAAACAUACGACCAGCAUCCCCAAGUCAAUUACGUGUAAAUCAAAAUGGAAUUAACCGAACACCUGGUGGGACCCCUGACAUAGCCAGGAAGCGGAAAUCUCAAAAGACAUUUAAAGCGCCUCCGCCUCCCCUCAUAAAACGAGAGGUGGAAAAGCACCAUGUUGACACCCUUGUUAUCCAGCGGGAAUUGAAAGAAAUUGAAAUCAAACAAAAUGACUUGGAGAGGAAAGGAGUGAAGUUGGAAGAAAAGCUAAGAGAACAAAUGAAUGAAGAUGGUGCUAAUGAUGAAGGUCUGUUGAUUGAAUGGUUUGAGCUUGUCAACAACAAGAACCAACUGGUCAGAAGGGAAGGUGAACUUGUUGCACUCGCCCAGUCACAAGAGUUGGAGAAGAAACACGCUGAGAUUGAGUUUGAUCUGCGGCGGAUUAUGCUAAAGCAGGAACAUGAAAAAACCGAUGCGGACGCCAUUGAAGAACAACGGUUACUGGACUUACUGGUGGAUGUGGUGACAAAGCGUAGUGAAGUGGUAGACAGGCUCGAGAACGACAGAAUACGUGAGGAGCAGGAAGAUGAAAAUAUACGCGUUAUGAUGAGAGAAAGUGGUUUAAGCAAGGACCCUGUAACAUCACAGAAGGUGAAGAAUAAGAAAGAAAAGAAGGAAAAGAGGAAAUCCAAAGGAAUAUUGUGGUGAUGAGGGUGCUAUAGAGGGAGCUAUAUAAAAUAUUUCAUCAAUGUAAUGGCAAAAGGUCAAUGCACUUUUACAUAAUUUCAUAAGACUCAAAUUAGCAGACUGAACAUAGCACAUUUGCUAAAGUCAUAUUUGAUCGAACAAAAAGCAAAUAUUUUAUAUAAACUUCAUUACACAGAUGAAUUUUUUUCAAGAAUUAAUUAGUUAUAUUGAUUUUGUUGGUGUAUUUUUAAUUUUUACUUUACCAUUUCAUUAUUCUGUUCUUUUUUACCAUUUCAUUUAUUGAUGUGUAUUCAAAUGUUAUUUAUUAUUUUUCCAUAUUUUUUAUUAUACCAUGAUGAUUCUUUACCAGAUUUGCCUUAAAUGCUUUGCAAAUUCCAUACAGUAUUUUUUUUUAUCUAUGCAAGGCAACAUUAGUGAGAAAUAUGUUAUCUUUUAAAAAAUUAUUGGUAAUCAUUUUAAAAUUAAAUAUAUUUUUGUAAUAAAUUUAAAUUAAGGAUACCUUUAUUUCCAUUCAAUAAUCUUUUAUUUUCAGCAAAUUAUGUAAUUAAUCUAUAUGAUAAUAUCUGUUGUUACUUUUAAUCGUGUUAACACAUCUUUGGACAACCUUGUUACAUAUGCGUAUUAGGUACAAGUCAAUAUACACUAAUUCUGUUAGAUUUGUGUAUUUUAGCAGCUCAAACAAUGGUCUUACCAAUUUUAAUUAUACUCCUUAUGUUGUUUGUUUACAAUUCAAGGCAAAGAAAAAUAUAUAAACAUUUCAAAUAAAUAUAUAAAAACUGUUGAUAACUUUUAUUUUGAGUGUAGUACAACAUGGAAAAAUUUUCAGUAAUAUUACAAUGUUAAUACAUUCCAUUCUUAAAGUUUUCACGUCACAGUUAUGCAUACCAUAUAAUGCUUUCUAACAGAGAGACACAUCCUUUAAACAAGGCUAAUCACAGACAGUCCUGAAAAACACUGUAUUUUUGUGCCUAUGACCAUGGAAAUUGUUUUUAUGAACUGUCCCCAUCACCAAAUGUUAUCUGUAUGCUAUAAGACACUACCGUAUAUUCUCACGUACAUGACAAGUCUUAAAAUAGCAAAUUACGAUCGAGAAAGCGGGGUCGCCUUACAUGCGUAACACGUACAGAUUUUUUAUUUUUUAAAUCAUAUUCGUCUUAUGUGUGGAUCGUUGCUAACACAUGCAGUUGCUAAAUAAAUGCAAUUAAUAUGGGGAAAUAAGAAUUUGAUGAACAUUUGAAAGCCCAUGAAAUGGUAUUAUUUUGAAGAUUGGCCCUACAUUUGGCUCCGUUUUUAAUGAGCUAGAUGCAGUAUCUUGACCAUAAAAAGUAGUAAAAAUGUAAGAGAGGUUGUCUUAAAGCCCAUCAUUCCAAAACAUUGUCAAAAAAUUCUCAAACUCAGGGGAUUGUCAAAUAUGCUGAUCGCCUUAUAUGCGAGUAAAUUUAUACGGUAUAUAGGCCAAAAUUUGCUGUCUGGGACAUGCACAUCGCUGCUAGUAUACUUUGUGGCUGUCUGGAAUGUUAAUAAUGCCUCCGACUCCUGGUUGAGCGGUCGCACGCUUUUUUCCCAGCCCUGAUUGCAGCCAACUAACUUGUCAGAGACUAGAAAAUGAAUAUUCUCAAGAGAUAUACUGUAUAAUUUAUAAAUAGUAUGUUUGUAGUAUAAAACACUGUAAAAUUAUAUAUAUAUAUAUAUAAAUACAAUAGUCAAUUGAGGUGUAAUUAUUUCUCGUCUGAAUAGUUAUUGUUAAUGCUAUUAGCCAAAGUGAACCACAUCAGCACUUAAAAUGUAUGCAACUUUAGUCUUAAGAGAUAAACAUAAGUUUUGCACUAAGUCGCGUAUAUUUUUUACCUUAUUGCUGUAAUAUUUUAUGUGACAAAUAGCAGUGAUUUGCCCAUAUAUGGGUGUGAUAUGACGACAUCAUGGCCAUAUAUGUUAUUAUGUUUAGGGUCUUGCUAAAGGUAUACUGUCUUUGUUUUUUUUGCAAAAGAAAUAAUAAAGUUUGUAUAUCUUUUACAUUGGAAGGUAAUCUAAAGCCUGACGUUCACUAAUGCGUUGUAUGGCGGUCAUACGACAAAUCCAAUUCCAAGAUGACGUGAUUAUCGGUAGCAGUCUUAACAGAUUGUUAUUAGGGAGAUUUUGAUUUGUGCGACAACGCAACGGAAUCAUUCUUUCCUGACCAUCCUACCGGGCAUCCCUACGUUCUCUGCAUACGUAGAUUUUGCCAAAUGUGCAUCCUAGAAUCCAUUCGACGAGGAAGAACUGAACGUUCUUGCAUGCGCAGAUGACUUUUAGUGACGUCAUUACGUUCUAUUUCCUACCGUCGUCGUGCAAUCGACAGCUCCCUGUUAAAAAUCUGUUGCACGUAUGUUGUGCCAUUGAGUUGAGCAUGUUGGGUGUUUCAAAAUAUAUAAAAGGCGUUACAAGGAACUUCAAACAAUAGGUUUACAAAAAUUAACCAAAAAAUCUUUUGUGUGGUGAUACAUUAUAUAGGUUUUAAAAAGUAAUUGAAAAUUUAAUCAGUUAAUAACCAGUGAUCAAUAAUUUUUACAAAUUACAUAUUUUUACCAGUGUUAUUAUAUUUUGAAACAUUUUAUAAUCUUAAUCAAGAUAGUAUUUUUUUUUUCAAAUGUUGUGGUUGCUAUAAAAAUAUAUUGUAUAUGUAUUUUGAUGUUUUUUUUUUUGUUAAUUAACAUUAUUUUCUUUUCAAUUAUUCAAAUGGGUGCUUUAUAAUGCUAAGAAAAGAAAUCAUUGGAAUAUAUGCAACAAAAAUAUAUACAAUAGAUUUAGAAAUAUGUGUAAUUUUGCAAUGAUGCACUCAAGAAACAAUUUAUAUUAUUUCUAAUCUGGGGCCUGCCAUCCCAAAAACAGCUUACUGUCGCUAAAUGUUAAACUGAGUAAUUGGCAUAAGAAUGUGACAGUAUUGUAUAAUUUAUUAUUAUUAUUAUUAUUAUUAUUAUUAUUAUUAUUAUUAUUAUUAUUAUUAUUAUUAUUAUCAUCAUCAUCAUUAAUAUUUUUAGUAGUAUUAGUAUUAUUCUUAUUGUUUUUUUAUUGUUCAAAGUUAUCAUUAAAACUACUAUUGUUACUUUUUUAUUAUUAUUAUUGUUAUUAUCAUCAUCAUCACCAUCGUAUAAAUAAAGUUGACAUGUUACUGUGAAGAUAGUAUGAUCUAGAAUUUUACUGAUAAAUAGACAUAUGUUGUUAAUACAUGCAGAAGGCAAAUUGAGAUGCAUCACAAACAGAAUUUGACAAAUAUUUGUUAGACCCACUCUGUCAUCUUCUUGAUUUGGAUAAUACAAGCCUAGAGUCGUAGUAUUGUAUAAAUGGUAGUAAUAUGUACAGAUUGAGAUUCUUACCAAAUAAAUAUCGGUGUCAAAUAGUAGACUUACAA